UAUUAUCCCGAUCUGAAACUCAGGAUCUGCAGUCCGCGCAGCGAGGUUAAAAUGGGAAAAUAAAAAAGAAGCAUCUAAGCAAACUAACCUGACGUACACAAGCGGCGAAAAUGACGAAUGUGUACUCAUUUGAUGGGAUCCUGGUGUUUGGCCUACUUUUCAUCUGCACGUGUGCUUACCUUAAGAAGGUGCCAAGACUGAACCACUGGCUGCUCUCAGAGAAAAAGGGAAUCUGGGGUAUCUUCUACAAAGCUGCUGUUAUUGGGACUCGACUUCACUUUGCAGUGGCUCUAUGCUGCCUGGCAAUGGCCUUCUACGUGCUCUUCAUAAAAUGAAGUGGAACAGGAGUCUGCACUGUGUAUUCACUCAUCCUUUGUAGCAAAGAUGACAUGGGCAAAAGUCAAAGAAUGUCCCCACUGGCCUGGAGGUAUUGACUGUGUACUUUUCAUCAUCGUGUUUUUCUGGGAUGGUUUUAUUCAACAAAAAAGAACAUGGAAAGAUAUUUUUAGUACAGUUAUUGCAGGCCAGCAUCCUAACACUCACCAGUGACAAGUAAAAAUCAAUCUGAUAUAAAAUGUAGGGCUUAUGGAGUGAAAGUAACUGUUGCACAUUAGCAUAAUUGAUUUCCUUUCUUUUUCUCUACUGAUUAAAACAGUGCCUUUCAGUUAAACUGUGUUUGUUUUACAUAAAGAAUUUAAAAUGAGUG